UUUUUGUCUCUCUAACUUUUCAAAUCUAUAGAAUAACUUUAAACUCGUUAUCAAGAACCCAAUUUUGGAAAAAUCCCAAAAGAACCCAGAUUGGAAUUUCGUUUCUGGGUUCUGUGGUCAUAAUGUUUUUGGGUUUAUACAAACUUUGAAGUUUUAAGUAAAUUCAACAAUAUUAGAUGCAUAAAUAUAUAAAUAACUCAUACAGUUCGAUUUUAUUGCCAUUAUAUGUUCAUAAGAAGAAAUUUGAGUUUGUUUCCGAUGGAACAUAAUUGGCAGCUACUUUAAGCUGAUUUACAGUUGCUAUUGGAUCAUUAGAGCUGGAUUGCUUUACAAUCAUAAGUUUGAAGCUUGCAUAAGUGUGAUUGUGUAGUAGCUGCACUGCGAGCUACUUGACUAUUAAAGAACUAUAGAGGAUGCACUUUCGAAUAGGGAAUUAACAAAGCUUCAAACUGUUGCACAUAUCUUUUGAUUCCUUGUAUAGCCUAACUGAACAAGACCUCGAAAUUAGGAAUUUCAUCUUUUUAACUUUUUUGUUGGAAAACAGAAUUUGUCAUAGAUACAUAUACUCUAAAGCUAUAUAUAAUAGUAAUCAACAACUACUAAAAAGUAGGUGUAACUAGGUUUUUGAACUCCUAUAUAUCAUAAAUCGAAAAUGAAACGAGGAUACACAGGAUCACCAUCAACCUCUGAUGGCCCUCCUAAGUCCAAAGUCAGAUAUACACCUGAAGGUGAUGCACAUUUUCCUGAGGAUUUUGUUCAAAAAGUGGCUGAUCAUUAUAGUGCAAGAACGAAUCAGACUCUGGAAGAGCGAGAAGCGAGUCCAAUUAUCCAUUUAAAAAAACUUAACAACUGGAUAAAAAGUGUUCUAGUUCAACUCUAUGCUCGUCGAGAUGAUGCGGUCCUUGAUCUUGCUUGUGGGAAGGGUGGUGAUCUUAUCAAAUGGGAUAAAGCAAAAAUUGGAUAUUAUGUUGGAAUUGAUAUAGCUGAAGGCUCGAUAGAAGAUUGCCGCACACGUUACAAUGGUGAUGCUGAUCAUCACCAGCGUCGCAGAAAGUUCUCUUUUCCUGCCCGCCUCAUAUGCGGGGAUUGUUAUGAGGUUCGCUUGGAUGAAGUACUGGCAGAUGAUGCUCCAUUUGAUAUCUGCAGUUGCCAGUUUGCUUUACAUUAUUCAUGGUCUACUGAAGCCCGUGCUAGAAGAGCCUUGGCCAAUGUAUCAGCGUUGCUUCGCCCAGGAGGCACCUUCAUUGGAACAAUGCCAGAUGCUAAUGUUAUUGUUAAAAAACUUAGAGAAGCUACUAACGGGAUGGCCUUUGGUAAUAGUGUUUAUUGGAUACGUUUUGAUGAAGGAUACUCUGAAAAGAAAUUUAAGUACUCUGCCCCUUAUGGUAUCAAGUAUAAGUUCCACUUGGAGGAUGCUGUUGAUUGUCCCGAAUGGAUUGUCCCUUUCCAUAUUUUCAAAUCAUUGGCGGAAGAGUAUGAUUUAGAGUUGGUUUUUGUGAAGAAUGCUCACGAAUUUGUUCACGAGUAUAUGAAAAAACCAGAAUAUGUUGAUUUGAUGCGAAGACUGGGUGCUUUGGGUGAUGGUAACCAAGACCAGAGCACUCUGUCGCCAGAUGAAUGGGAAGCGGCUUACUUGUACUUGGCAUUUGUAUUGAGGAAGCGUGGCCAACCAGAUCGGAAACAAUCUAGCAACAAACGGGACAAAGGGAAGAUGCAUAUAUUAAAGGAGGACAUCUUGUACAUUAAUAAUGUAUAAGUCUACAGAACAAAUGACCAAACAAGUGGGAUUCAAAUGAAAUAACAAGUGUUUUCUGAGGCUAAUGCAGACUACUCUGAGCUGAACGAUUAAAAUAGUCAUGUAACUCGUGUUGUUCUUUGAGCCCCAGAAAUAGUCGGGGUACUCAAUUUUGUAGAUUUAAAUAACUGUUACGUAUAGCAGUUCUCUCUGCUUGAGAAGCGUCAUUUUCGGUUGCACACUCUGCUCUGUUGCCAGGUAUCGGAAAUAUUUAUAGUUGAGGAAGUAUAACACUAUUCUGUUGGCACCGAGUUGGUGGGUGAUCAGCAUCAAAAGUCAGUCAGUAAUCUUCUGUCUUGUAACAGAACAGUUAAAAUAAUAAAAAUGGAAAAAAAAAAUGACAGCACAGCCUAGAGGUGUGUUAAUUGAUACUUUA